AUGUCGAGUAUCCCAGUACCACAGACGGUCAAGCGUCAGCGUUCCACAGCCACCAUGCCAGGCGGUGCCGGUCCCAGCAAGCUACGAACACCCGCUGCCCCUAGCACCAUGUCCACGACUCGGUCAGUCAGCGCAGCAGACAAUGCCAGAUUCGUCCCUGCUCGUCGAGCAGCCGCUACAACCAUCACCGCAUCGUCCAUUGGUGUGACGCUGCCACGCGCACCCAUGACCAAUACUACGAAUAGACCAGCAGCAGCUACCGUGGCCACAACACGCUCUGCAAGCGCUUCCAAAAUCGCAGCUGGUGCAGCACUCUCGGGCGGCGCUGCAGUAAGGAGAGGUGUCACCAGCGUCACGCGUCCCCGUCCUGGCACAAAUGCUGCCGCUGCUGCUGCCGCUUCAGCUCGUAGCAGCAACGGCAGUACCACUUCUGCCAACUCUGGCGACGUUGAUCCAUCCCGAAUGGACGCAAUGGAAUCCCGUUUAGCAUCUAUGGCCGAGCUCUUUGAGCUCGAGCGUCAAAAGACAGAAGAGAAAUGGAACAAGGAGCGCUCCGAGCGUCUCGCCCAGGAAGACAAGGUCCGUCAGCUCGAAGAAGACCUCCUCGAACAACGCAAGAUCGCACAAUCCAAACAGGACGAGAUCAAACGUCGACGAACCAUUGCUGACGACGAAAUCCUGCAGCUCACUGCCAAAUUCAACCGUGAAAAGCGUCUUCUCGAGUCCGAGCUCGAGCAGGAACGCGAAACGGUUGUAGCGCUCAAGGCGACACUCAACCAGCAGAGUACCAGCCACCUAACCAUGGAAAGCACCAACACUGCGCUCCGUUCUCAGAUCCAAGUGCUCCAAGAUGAAAUCGAGACUCUACGUUCCAAGGUCGCGAGUAUGGACAAGGACAUUGCCGAGACCAAAGAGGCCAACCUGCAUCUCGAAAACGAGCUGCGCGAAGCCGAGUCGCUGCGACGUAAACUGCACAACGAGGUGCAAGAGCUUCGAGGUAACAUUCGCGUCUUUUGCCGUGUCCGUCCGCCUUCCAACAAUGACGCCAACAAUGGCACCGAGGCUUUGGCCACCAUUCGCUUCCCCAACGAGCGCGAAGCGGCACAAAUUGAGCUUCUCGCGGCCGGUGAAUCGGCCACAGGAACCGUGACAAUGCGUAACCACCUGUUUACCUUUGACCGCGUAUUCCAGCCCACCGCAUCGCAAGCCGACGUAUUCGAAGAAAUUGCCCACCUUACGCAAUCCGUACUUGACGGCUACAAUACGUCGAUCUUUGCCUAUGGCCAGACCGGUUCUGGUAAAACGCACACGUUGGAAGGCGCGCCCGACUCGAUCACCAACUACGGCAGUGACCCCUCUGCUGAUGCUGGUGCUGGUCUUAUCCCGCGCGCUGUGCAAAUGCUUUGGUCGACCGCGGAAAGCCUGAAAGACAAGGGGUGGAAGUACGACUUUGAAGGUAGCAUGCUUGAGAUCUACCUGGACAACAUCAACGAUCUUCUAGGCAAGGCCGAGGUGGACAAAGCCAAACACGAGAUCAAGCACGACAAAGGACGCACCACGGUUUCGGAUACCGUUGUAGUUGCGCUCGAUUCACCCGCGCAGGUGUUUGCGCUGUUGGACAAAGCCAAAAAACGAAGACAGGUAGCGGCGACGUUGAUGAACGAGCGUUCAUCUCGUUCGCAUUCCGUCUUUAUGCUUCGUGUUCGCGGACAGAAUGCUACCACCAUGGAGGCGUGCGAUGCUGUAUUGUCGCUGGUCGACCUCGCUGGUUCCGAACGCCUUGCCAACUCGGGUAGCGACAAAGACCCUGUGCGACUCAAGGAAGCACAGUCGAUCAACAAGUCGCUUUCUUCAUUGGCGGAUGUGAUCUCGGCGUUGGGGCAGAACAAGAAUUCGACGAGUCACGUACCCUACCGAAACUCAACGUUGACGUGGCUCUUGAAGAACAGCCUGGGCGGCAACUCUAAGACGUUGAUGUUGCUCGCGUUGAGUCCGAUGGCGGCUCAUCUCAACGAGAGUCUCUGCUCGCUGCGCUUUGCCACCAAGGUCAAUUCGACUACAAUUGGUACGGCCAAAGCGGUCAAGUCAAUCGGCAGCUAG